AAACCGGAGGCAAGCAUGGGUCAGAAGGUCACUGGGGGGAUCAAGACAGUGGACAUGCGGGACCCUGCAUACCGACCACUGAAGCAGGAGCUGCAGGGUCUGGACUUCUGCAAGCCCACCCGCCUGGACCUGCUGCUGGACAUGCCCCCGGCAUCCUACGACGUGCAGCUCUUGCACUCCUGGAACAACAAUGACCGGUCACUCAAUGUCUUCGUGAAGGAGGAUGACAAACUCAUCUUCCACCGCCACCCUGUGGCCCAGAGCACGGACGCCAUUCGGGGCAAGGUCGGAUACACUCGGGGGCUGCACGUGUGGCAGAUCACGUGGGCCAUGCGGCAGCGGGGCACCCACGCUGUAGUGGGCGUGGCCACAGCAGAUGCCCCCCUGCACUCCGUGGGAUACACAACACUCGUGGGAAACAACCACGAGUCGUGGGGCUGGGACUUGGGACGGAACCGGCUCUACCACGAUGGCAAGAACCAACCGAGCAAAACGUACCCUGCCUUCCUGGAGCCUGAUGAGACCUUCAUUGUUCCCGACUCCUUCCUGGUGGCCCUGGACAUGGACGAUGGGACUCUGAGCUUCAUUGUGGAUGGACAGUACAUGGGAGUAGCUUUUCGGGGACUCAAGGGCAAAAAACUGUACCCUGUAGUGAGUGCCGUCUGGGGCCACUGUGAGAUCCGCAUGCGCUACUUGAACGGGCUUGAUCCUGAGCCGCUACCACUCAUGGAUCUCUGCCGCCGCUCGGUGCGCCUGGCCCUGGGUAAGGAGCGGCUCGGAGAGAUUCACACGCUGCCACUCCCCGCUGCGCUCAGGGCCUACCUCCUGUACCAAUGA